CAAAGCAUUUCUAUCGUGGUUGUGACCGUGAACGCACCGCAAAAGACAAGGCCAAGGACAGCGCCAGUGUCAGUGUCAAAGUCGCUACUCGCUCCUUACUACAAACAUACUACAUCACACACACCCAUACCCAUCUACGCUCGCACCGCACGGAAACAACUAUACAAGAUAAACAUGAAGUGGUUCACGUGGACCUUAUUCGUAUGCCUGAUGGUCCAAGCGAGGACCCAGAGCGAAGAUGACGAGUCCGAGAUCGUGGACGUUCCAGAGAGCGUCCCGGCGCCUCCGCCCAGCCCUCUCGACGACUGCGAUCCCGAGAUGAUAGGCUUCGAGCUGAUCACAGGCUACGUGUUCUCUGCACCUAUGAACGUGCUCGACAACAUUCCCGGAACUCUGAUGCUCACCGACUGCCUCGAAACGUGUCAGGGGAACGACUCUUGUCAAGCGGUCACCUACGAAACCGGACUCUGCGUCCUAUUCAAUUCCAACGCCGAUGCUCUACCAG